GAGGGGCCCAGUUUCCUGACACAGUACACCCAGGGAACGAAGAGCAAGUGUGCCAUGUUGAAGCUACCAUUGCCACUCAGAUCCCUCUUAUUCCUGCAGCUGCCUCUGCUGGGGAUGGGGGUGAACCCCCCUGUCCUCAAGCCCAGAGGGAAUGAAGACAUCAAAGCUGGUGGCAAAGCUGGGACUGGAAGAGAUUUCUUCCUGCGUUCUACUCCCCCUGGGAUCCUCAAUGUUUCCACCCUGCCCCUCCCUGACGUUCAGUGUUUUGUAUUCAACGUCGAGUACAUGAACUGCACUUGGAACAGCAGCUCUGAGCCCCAGCCCAGCAACCUGACUCUGCACUAUUGGUACCAGAACUCUGAGCAUGACCAAGUCCAGGAGUGUGGCCACUACCUAUACUCUGCAGAGGUCACUUCUGGCUGUUGGUUGGGAAAAGAGAACAUCCAGCUCUACCAGACAUUUGUUGUCCAGCUUCGGGACCCCCGGGAACCCAGGAGGCACACUGAAAAGAUGCUAAGACUGCAGGAUCUGGUGAUUCCCUGGGCUCCGGAGAACCUAACACUCCACAACCUGAGCGAAUCCCAAUUAGAACUGAGAUGGAGCAACAGAUACUUGGACCACUGUUUGGAACAUUUGGUGCAGUACCGGAGUGACCGGGACCACAGCUGGACUGAACAGUCAGUGGACCACAGACGUAGCUUCUCCCUGCCUAGUGUGGAUGGGCAGAAACUCUACACAUUUCGUGUUCGGAGCCGCUUUAACCCACUCUGUGGAAGUGCUAAGCUUUGGAGUGAAUGGAGCCACCCGAUCCAUUGGGGCAGCCAUACUUCAAAGGGGUCCAUACAGCCCCUGCCGCUGUUCGCGCUGGAAGCGGUACUCAUCCCCCUGGGCUCCAUGGGGGUGAUCAUCAGCCUCAUCUGUGUGUACUGCUGGUUGGAACGGACCAUGCCCCGAAUUCCUACCCUCAAGAGCCUAGAGGAUCUGGUUACCGAAUACCACGGGAACUUUUCGGCCUGGAGUGGCGUGUCUAAGGGGCUGGCGGAGAGCCUGCAGCCAGACUACAACGAAAGGCUCUGCCACGUCAGUGAGAUGCCUCCAAAAGGAGGUGCUCCAGGGGAAGGGCCUGGGGGCUCCCCCUGCAGCCAGCAUAGCCCCUACUGGGCUCCCCCAGGCUACACCCUGAAACCUGAGCCCUGAUACCCUGGCAGAACCUCAGGGUCCCUGUAGCCCUAAAUUGUACCAACUUCGCCUCAUCCAACCAGCCUGGGCCCAAGGCUCCCCUCACCCCACUGAGGCUGAUUUGGAAUGUGUGCCCCCUCUAACUGUCAUUCAGAAUCUCAUUCAGAAUCUCCUCCAUGAGAAUUGCCCCUUAGCCCUGUACAUGUUUGUUAUCGCUCUCAAUCCGGCCCUUCCUCUUCGCAGAACUCUUUCUCCCUCCCUCUUUCCGCCUACCCCUCAGUUGUUCCCGAAUCAAUGAGAAAUAAAGUUUCUGUUGA